UUUUACACUAGGUAGAUAUAAAUCAAGACAACUAGAGCAAGAUCAUACUAAUAGUAAUAGCGAUAGGACAGGAUAGGAUAGGAUAGGAUACUAUUCAUUACGAUAGGUGUAUACAGGUUGAUUUACUCUGUAUAGUUAGUUAUAUGGGGAUGGAUGGGGGAAUAGGAAAGGAAAGGAAAGGAAAGGAAAGGAAAGGAAAGCAAAAUAAUUUAGGUCCUAAACCUGUGCACUCAUUCAUCUAUUCGCCGGGGGUCUCUUCGAGUCUUCCUCUUCUAUAUAUGUAUUUAUGUACCUUGUACAGUUACUUACAAUACACAAUAGUUAGAAAAACGCAGGUAGAUAUAAACGGUUACAUUUUAAUUCCAAACUCCUUGCAAGCAUCAUGGUAUAGAGAGAGAAAAGAGAGAGGGAGGAAUAACGUAGAUAGAUAAGAGGUAGAGGUAAAAAGACGGCACUUCGUUUCGUCUCAGCUUUGUUGGCCGUGGAAAAUAUGAACGGAAAUAGUAUAGGCAUGGUUUUCUCUCUUUAGAAAUCAUGGAUGAUGAUGCCAAGGGU